GUCUUGGCUCGCUAUCAAGCCCUCUCUUUGUUCUUUUCCAACACUACCAUUUACAUAUACCCCUUCCUUCCGCUUCUAAUACACUGAACCCAAAAGAUGAAGCCAUUUGUAUGGCUAUGGUUGGCCAUAGCCACAACAGUGGUCGGUGCGUCUAACAUUGUUAGACGAUCACAGGAUCGGGACUACUACACUCUGCAUGUGCCUCAAGUCGACCAUGAUGCUUCGCAUGAAGCAGCACAUCACGUUGCCAGAAGCCUUGGUGCACAGUUUGAAGGCAUGGUUGGUGAACUUGAAUCCUAUUACAUGAUUAGUGUUCCCAAAAGCAACCUGCAUAAACGAUCCAUAUACGAUGAGGAUCCAAUAGUGGCGGCAUUCCAGGCGCGGAAGCAGCUGAGCAAACGAGAUGAAGAUCAGCGUCACUGGGAUCGUGUGCAACGAAUCGAUCCGCAGGUACCUAGGCGACGAUCGAAACGUGCAGCAUUGCCUAGAGAACCGCCGUUUACAGAAAUAACCCAGGGCCAAGCCAUUUUAGAAGAUGCUCAACGUGUGCUUGAUAUCAAAGAUCCAGGGUUUUCGAGACAAUGGCAUUUGGUAAACCAAGAAAUUUUCGGUAACGACAUCAACGUAACUGAGGUGUGGAAGCAAGGCACCACCGGAAAUGGCGUCAUUGUCGCUAUUUUGGAUGACGGAUUGGACUAUGAAAGCGAAGACCUUGCAGAGAACUUUUAUGCUGCAGGCUCGUACGAUUUCAACGACCAUGAAGAUCUGCCGAAACCUAAAUUAUUUGACGACACACACGGUACACGUUGCGCUGGCCAAAUUGCUGCGCAGAAAAACGACGUGUGUGGCAUCGGCAUUGCAUAUAAUGCGCGUGUGGCAGGUGUGCGUAUCCUUUCUGGUGAGAUUACGGAUGCAGACGAAGCUGCGGCAUUGAAUUACAAGUAUCAGGAAAAUGAUAUCUUUUCGUGUUCUUGGGGACCGCCUGACAACGGUGAAACGAUGGAAGCUCCAGAUGGUAUCUUGGCUGAUGCGUUUGUCAACGGUAUCGAGAACGGUCGUGACGGCAAAGGUUCAAUCUACGUCUUUGCAACGGGCAACGGUGCUAUUUCUGGCGACAAUUGCAAUUUUGACGGCUACACCAAUAGUAUUUACACCAUCACCGUAGGUGCUAUCGAUCACAACAAUGCACAUCCUCCUUACUCGGAAAGUUGCUCAGCACAGAUGGUCGUAACGUAUUCAAGCGGCGGAGGGCAGUACAUCUAUACGACGAACGUGGGCAAAAGUGUGUGCUCAGACCAUCAUGGCGGCACUUCGGCAGCUGCACCAACAGCUGCUGGUGUGUUUGCAUUGGUAUUAUCAGUGCGUCCUGAAUUGACGUGGCGCGACUUGCAACACUUGUGCGUACAGACAGCGGUUCCGAUCAGCUCAGAUGAUGAAGAUUGGAAGAAGCUGCCAUCUGGCAGGAUGUAUAACCACAAAUACGGCUAUGGUAAACUGGACGCGUAUGCGAUUGUCGAAGCUGCCAAAACCUUUGAGUUGGUCAACAAACAGACACAUUUGGAGUUGCCAGUCAAUAUCGACAAACCCAAACUCGCCAUCCCGGAUUCAUCGAACCAUAAAAAGGAACAACGACAAGCGUUGGAAAGCAAAGUUGAAGUGACAAAGGAUAUGGUCAAAGCAGCUGGCCUGCUUCGUUUGGAACACAUCACUGCGACAGUCAACAUUGAGCAUGAACGGCGUGGCGAUCUUGUCAUUAACCUUCUAAGUCCAAACAAGGUUGAGUCGGAGCUUGCUACGAUGCGUCCUGCAGACAGGAGUGCUGAUGGUAUAGUCAACUGGAAGUUUAUGACUGUCAAGCAUUGGGAAGAAGACCCAAUUGGCGAAUGGUCGUUACUUGUAUAUGACGUGAGUCAUCCUGACAGCAAGGGCAACCUUUUCAAUUGGACAUUGACAUUGUUUGGCGAGUUGGAUCCCAAUUUCACUGGCGAACCGGUCUAUACGCCGUUGGCAGGAAAAAGCAACAAAACCACAGCUGAGCCUAUCGAGGACCACACAGACACGCCUAUCGCCACAAUUACCACGCCCUUAUCAACAGCGUCUACCACUGGCGACGAAGUAGUGCCUGCUCGACCUACCAGAUUGAAGCCCAGCACGUCCGAAGAAUCCAUACCAACCACGAGUGCCAGUGAUGGUGAUGAUGAUGAUAACAAGGCCGAGCAAACGAACAGCACAAGUACAAUUGUAUACGCGUUGGUAGGAAGUGGAGCCAUCGUAACGUUGGCAGCAGGCAUGUACGUCCAGAAACGAAAGGGUUGGCGAUCACCUGUGGUUCCAUCGACCGAGAACGCUCCUGAAGGCGGACGCCCAACUGGCUAUGAAUUCCAAGUAUUGCGGCACUCAGAAGAGCAGGAAGACGAGGACGAAAGGCCGCUGCUCACCGAAGAAGAGGCUCGGAGAAACAACGCUGUAUCAUAG